UGUGGCCGUCGGGGCUCCCUCUGCCGCAGCUGCUAGCUCCCCGGGCGAGCGAUGACUUCAAAGCACCAGGCGGACUGGAUCCCUUACAGUGUUUUAGAUGAUGAGAGCAGCAAUCUACGACAACAGAAGCUUGACAGACAGCGAGCAUUGCUAGAACAGAAACAGAAAAAAAAGCGUCAGGAGCCACUGAUGGUUCAGUCCAAUGUGGACAGUCGCACAAGAACACGCAGAAUGAAACAGUCAGAAGAACAAGCACCAUUGGUGGAAUCUUACCUCAACAGCAACAGCAGCACCAUUUAUCAUGUACAGGAUGCUGAACAAGAAGAUGUAAAAGUGGUAGCAGACUCACAAGCUCCAAAAUCAGCUAAAAAAUCCAAGGCAGCUACAGGAGGCUGUCAAACUGGCAACACGAGGAAGGAGAAAAAAGGGAAAAAUAAAGGAAUUGAUGGUCCAGCUGCUUUUCAGGAUGAUGUACAGGAAGUAGGGAGCCAGGUUCAGAUUCUGACUGUUGGAGAGGCUUGCCAAAAUGAGGACGAAGGUGAUGCACUACCUAGCAAUCAGCAACAAAGCAAACAGGACCUUAGAGUAACAAUGCAGAAAAAAGGUAUUUCAAGCAGCAUGAAUUUUGAUGAAGAGGAGGAUGAGGAGGAUGAGGACAGUUCAAGUUCCUCCCAGUUAAACAGUAACACCCGACCAGGUUCUGCCACAAGCAAGAAAUCAAACAAGGAAACAGCUGCAGGGCCCAGCCCUUCAACAAACAACCCUAUAAUAGAUGUUGAUGACCUGGAGGAAUUUGCUGUGAGACCUGCUCCUCAGGGUGUUACUGUCAAAUGCCGAAUCACAAGAGACAAGAAGGGAAUGGAUCGUGGAAUGUACCCUACUUACUACCUCCACUUGGAAAGGGAGGAUGGUAAAAAGGUAUUCUUGUUAGCUGGAAGAAAGCGAAAGAAGAGUAAAACCUCAAAUUACCUCAUCUCUAUAGACCCAACAGACCUGUCACGAGGAGGAGAAAGUUUCAUUGGGAAACUGAGAUCAAACCUUAUGGGUACUAAGUUUACAGUUUACGAUAGUGGAGUAAAUCCAAUGAAAACAACACUGAGUUUAGAAACAAGUAAUUUGCGCCAGGAGCUAGCUGCCAUUUGCUAUGAGACAAAUGUUUUGGGAUUUAAAGGUCCUCGUAAAAUGAGUGUCAUCAUACCAGGAAUGAAUAUGGACCAUGAAAGGGUUUCCAUCAGACCACGCAAUGAACAUGAAACACUCCUUGCAAGAUGGCAGAACAAAAACACAGAGAGCGUCAUUGAGCUGCACAACAAAACCCCAGUCUGGAAUGAUGACACCCAAUCAUAUGUUUUAAAUUUCCAUGGUCGUGUAACGCAGGCCUCAGUGAAAAACUUCCAAAUUAUUCAUGAUAAUGAUCCUGACUACAUAGUGAUGCAGUUUGGCCGUGUAGCUGAGGAUAUUUUCACCAUGGACUAUAACUACCCAAUGUGUGCACUUCAAGCCUUUGCUAUUGCUCUGUCCAGUUUUGACAGCAAGUUGGCUUGUGAGUGAAUAGGUUAUAUCUGAGUCUAA